CAAGCUGUUAGAAAAUCGCAGCUCUACAAGUCCUUGCUUUUAUCUGUGGAAGUAAUUUUCCAUUCGGCGGCAAUUUUCCAUUUUACCGCAAAAGGGCUAGGGUUUAUGCAAUCACAAAACUCACUACUCAACUCCUUUCCUCAGUAAUCCAUCUCGUGGAGAGAAUACCUAAAGCUAGCUACGUGCUGGAAUCCGUCAAGGUUUCAUAGGUAGAGAAACAAUAAAAACAAUGGAUUUUGAUGUAACUGAGCAACAAGAGCGCUAUUCAGAAAGCCAUGAAUUAAAGCAUUCAAUGGAUGAUUCUUCAGCAGGAAAGCUUUUUGUUGGAGGCAUUGCUUGGGAGACAACUGAAGAAUCUUUUAGGAAGCAUUUUAGCCAGUUUGGAGAGAUAACUGAUGCUGUUAUAAUGAUGGAUAAGGUCUCUGGAAGGCCACGAGGAUUUGGAUUUGUUACAUAUGUGGACGCGGAAGUUGCAAAUAAGGUUUUAGAGGAAGACCAUGUCAUAGAUGGUAGAGCGGUGGAAGUGAAGAAGACAGUACCUAAGGAGAACAUGCAAGUUAAAGGAGCACCAAAAACGAAGAAAAUUUUUAUUGGCGGUCUUCCCUUACCUUUAACUGAAGAUGAGUUGAAGGAAUAUUUUUCUUCUUAUGGCUAUGUUGUGGAGCAUCAGAUCAUGCUGGAUCAAAACACUGGUCGGUCGCGAGGCUUUGGCUUUGUCACUUUUGAUAAUGAAGAAGCAGUUGAGAAGGUUUUGUCUAAUGGCCGUAUGCACGAACUUCGUGGCAAACAAGUUGAAAUUAAGAGGGCAGAGCCAAAGAGAGGUGGUGCUGAACAUGCAAGUGAAAGCCGGCUACAUCGUGGUGGGAGUAGUUCAAAAGCAUACGGUGGCUUUGGUGGUUCUGUAGAGGGUGUUGGUGGUGGAUAUGGUGGAAAGAUGGGCAGAGGCUAUGGCGGAUAUGGAGCAUACGGUGGCUAUGAUGGUUAUGGCAAAUUUGCAGGUAGUUAUGGUGCAGGUGCUGCAGGAUUUUACCCUGGAUAUGGUGGAUACGGUUAUGGAUUUGGGUUUGGUGGAGCUAUGUACGGGGCAGCUGGUUAUGGAGGCAGCAGCUACGGUGCGCCUGGCUACUAUGGUGGUGGUGCUGGGUAUGCCAGCAGUAAGGGAUAUGGGAGCAGUGGUGGUGGUUGGAAUGAUUUGGGUAAAGGAGCACCUGAAGGUGGCAAUCCUGCUGGUUAUGGUGGUGCAAAAGGGUAUGGUAGUGGUGGCAGCAGUGGUGGCGGAAAUGGUGGUGCUAGGAAUAAUGGCGCUGCUAAUGGAAGGUUUCAUCCUUAUUGAAAGUGACAAGUCUGAGGUGGCAAAUAUGUUAUGGCUUUUGGCGGGUACCGUCUAGGUGUAAAAUCUUUGCUCCUGGUGUUUUUUUUCUUUUGAAGUUGAUGAUUUUGGUGAGAAAAAGUUAUUUCUUUCACUUCCUAUAGAUGCAUUAGCCUGUUGACAUGGGACAAGGAUAGCAUAGUUCUUAUUGUAAGAAAAGGGAGUUGCAAACCUUGUUCUCACAUUUGGAUGUGAUUGCUUCUCUCUGCUGGAGUGCAGGUUUUGUUGGCUAGUCUAUACGAUCGAGUUCGUGUAGAAAUGUUUAGACACCUCUCUAAAAGAAGCUCGCAAUUUAAUUGUAGAUAACAACUUUGUAAAAGCCAUCGCAGUGAUACAAUAAAACUGAAUGCUUAUGGAUGA